AUGGCGACGACCGACAAACAUACCGAGUCAAUACACCUUGAGGGUGGACUCUCACGUCUCCCGAAUGUGGGCCUUCACGAUGCCGCUCUGGCUGGCGGCGCCUUCGAGGGCGCUGCCCAGGAGCACAGCAAGGGAGUCUGGCAGGGUCUAAAGACCUACAAACGUGCAGCCUUCUGGUCGAUCCUGAUCUCAACUACUGUCAUCAUGGAGGGCUAUGAUGUUACGCUGCUGGGCUCCUUCUUUGGAUAUCCCUCGUUCCGGCUCAAAUACGGCGAAUAUUUGAACGAGCAAUAUGGCUACCAGAUCUCGGCGAACUGGCAGCAGAAAUUCAAUUGCCUGGGUGCGCUCGCCAACAUCAUUGGUGCUCUGCUCAACGGCUGGGCGACGUCGAGAUGGGGCCACCGAAAAGUGCUUAUGGUCACUCUCUUCCUCUUAGCGGGCUUUAUCUUCAUUGUCUUCUUUGCUCCCUCGAUCGAGAUUAUGCUUGUGGGACAGUUCCUGUGCGGCAUUCCCUGGGGCGUGUUCGCCACAACUGGUCCUUCAUACGCAGCCGAGGUGACCCCACUCGCCAUUCGAGGGUAUCUCACUGCGUAUGUCAACCUCUGCUGGUGCAUUGGCCAAUUCAUCUCCGCCGGUGUCCUCAAAGGCCUUGUAAACAACCCGACUAAGUGGAGCUACAAGAUCCCCUUUGCAAUCCAGUGGGUCUGGCCCAUCCCGCUGUUCAUCGCCGCCUGGAUGGCGCCCGAAAGCCCUUGGUACUAUGUGCGCAAUGACCGCAUCGAGGACGCGAAAAGGUCUCUCGAGAGACUGACCCAGCCCGAUCACCACCAUGAGAUCGACGCCACUCUGGCCAUGAUGGUGCACACGAACAAGCUGGAACUCCACGAGCAGGAAGGCGUGCAGCUCUGGGACGCCUUCCGGGGCACCAAUCUCCGCCGAACCGAGAUCGCGUGCGUAGGCUUCCUGUCUCAGGUCACCAACGGUGGCGCCCUCUGCUACAGCGGGUCUUUCUUCUUCCAACAGACCGGCAUCAGCGCCAACGCCGCAUACGGGAUCGCUCUCGGCGGAACCGGCAUCGCAUUCUUGGGCACCAUCCUGUCCUGGCUGUACAUCUACAAACUGGGCCGCCGCACCAUCUGGCUGUACGGGUUUGCGUUCCUCGUCGUCAUCCUCUGGCUGAUCGGCUUCCUCGCGCUGCCAACGCAAACGAUCAAGCUCGCGUGGGCGCAGUCCAUCCUGUGCAUCGUCUGGCUCGGCGCGUACUCUAUGACCGUCGGGCCCAUCAUCUACGUGCUUGUCUCGGAAAUCGGCUCCACGCGCCUCCGAACUCAGACGGUUGUGCUCGCCCGCAGUACUUACUACGUUGGGAACAUCAUCUGUGGUGGCCUCCUUCAGCCUCAGCUGAUUUCUCCAGGGGCUUGGAAUGCAAAGGGCAAGACGGCUUUCUUCUGGGCCGGCCUUGCCACUUUGACCUUCGUCUGGGGCUACUUCCGCCUGUUCGAGACCAAGGACAGGACAUUUGGAGAGCUGGACUUUAUGUUCCAACACAACGUCCCCGCUCGCAAAUCGGCCAAGUAUGAAAUCCCAGCAGAGGAGCUGUACAACGCAGACAGUGCUACCAAGCAAGACGUGAAGGCCUGA